AUGGUCAAGCAGUUCUCACUUUCUAAUCCAGCGUAUAAGAAGGCUUAUGAUGAAGCCGUCGCCCAGUGCAAAGAACUCAAUGCAAAGAAGCGGGCUGAGAAAGCUGCAGCAGAGAAAGCACAAGCUCCCGACAAGAUGCCGCCUCCUCCGGAACCUAUAGCUCGCGCCGAGCGAGAGACUUCACCCCCAGACUCAGUACUUGGAGACGACGUACCGUCGUCCCCCGUUGUGGCUAAGACAUCAUUAAAGCGCACCAAAGAGCCUUCGGACGACUUGACCUCACCCACGCUGUCAAGUAGAGUAACAUCUCCAGAAGCCAGUUCGCCGCCCGCUUCAACAGUUCUGGGUCUACCGAGAAUUCGCAAGCGCUCUAAGAAAACGCAAGACUCAAAUGCGAAUGCCGCGAGCGCAAGCCCUGAGCCAGCUGCACCCUCAUAUGCGGGCUGGCAGAUUGAACGCGACCCACCAGCAUGGUACAAUUCCUUCACGCGUUCUCAACUCUCAAGUGCAACCAUAGAUCGUGACAUCCUCGUCAAGCUUCAACGGCUCAAGGACCUAAUCAGAGACUUCAAAGAGUCGAGGGGCAACGAUAACGCCCUCCUCGUCCAGAUUCGUCAGGAGCUCCACGAGGCGGAAGUACGAUAUAAAGUCACCGACCUUCUCGUACGCAAGUCCCGGUUGCUGUUCCUAGAUGAAGGGCUUCCUGUGCUCUUCUUCUCCGAAUCUGUCACUCUUGUGCCUUGGGACGUCCGCGCAGAUGCCGAGGAGCUCUACAACAAGUGGGCGCUGCGCGACUUCGACAACGACGUGAUGCGUGGCAUCGACAUGACACACCCCAAGGCCAAAUCCGGUCAGCGCAACGCCGACAGGAUCAUGAAGGACUAUCCCCGCAUCCGCGCCAAUUUCUACGGCAAUGGCCAUCUGAUCAAUGGCCAGUGGUGGCCCACACAGCUGUGUACCGUCCGAGACGGAGCGCACGGCGCUGCCCAAGGAGGGAUAUACGGUACAGAGGGCGGCGGAGCUUUCUCUGUGGUCCUCUCAGGUGGCAAUCACUACGGUGAUAGGGACGAGGGUGACGAGGUUUGGUAUGCCGGGACUGAUGGAGCCGACGGCAAAGCCACCGCAAACACAUCAUACAUGCUUGCGAGUGUCGGACCACGCGGUACGAAGGAGCCUGUGCGUGUUUUGAGAAGCCACAACCUGCCGCAGUCGAACAGAUUCAGACCACAACGCGGCUUUCGAUACGACGGCCUGUACGAUGUGGUCGACUCGCAGUGCACGGAUGUCGAGAAGCAGAUCUACAGGUUCCACCUUGUGAGGAGGCAGGGACAGGCGCCGAUUAGGUAUCAAGGUGUGGAGGCUCGUCCAACGCCGGAGGAGAUAGAGGCGUACGACAAGAUCAGAUCGGCGUUGGCGGGCUUGGGUUUCUGA